GAAGGAGAAAAAAGAGAAAAAAGAGAGAGAUGGAACCGACGGAAAGCACAAGGAUAAGGAUAAGAAAGACAAAAAGGAAAAACACAAAGACAAAGACAAAAAGAAGGAAAAGGGCGUAGAUAAAGAAAAAGAUAGAAGUAAUAAUUCAGAGGAAAAUAAAUUUCCUGGUCAUCCCGAUGUUCAAAAUGGGGAGAAGAUCUCAGAUGAUAAAAAGUUUCCGGGAAAAGCUGACAGUCACAGUGGGGAGAAGUUCAUCCAGAAAGAGAAGGGUAGGGAUAAAGAUCGAAGCAGUUUUUCAGGUGAGAAGAAACUUGCUGGGCACGUUUCAGGUUAUAAUGGGGAGAAGAUUGGCCAGAAUAGUCAUCUGGUUGAAGAUUUCCGGAAUUCUAAAUUUGUGCAGGAGUUGGCGGGGAGGGUCAGAGAUGAGGGUGCAGGAGAUGGAAGCCAAUUGGUGAAUAAGUUUAUGGGUAGUGACCGGAAAAAGGAUGAGGGAAUGGUCAGGUUUGUGGCUAAGACUGCUAAUAAAUUGGCUGAAGAGAAGGAGACAAUCAAGAAAAGUGGUGAUAGGAAGUUCAAUGUGCAAGGAAUCAGGGAGGAGACGAGAGCCGGUGGAAAUGCUAUGGUUCCAAACCUUGCUGGAGCAGCGAAAGCUAGUGUUGAAGGGAUUCCCAAACAAGUGGAGAAUAAUGCUGAGAGGCGUGGGGAAGGGAAAGAAAAAAUCAAAGAAAAAGGUGAUGAUAAAAUCAGGGAUAAGCGCAAGGAGAAAGACAGAGAGAAGAAAAGUCACGGGAAAGAUAAGAAUAGGGACAAAGCGAAGGAGAAGGCGAAAGGUGAACAUAGGAAUUUGGAGCUGGAUAACUUAAAAGGAAGCAACAAAGAUGACCUUCUGAAUACUUUUAAUCUGAAAACAUCACAUCCUUCUAAGGAGGGAAACAAGGGUGCUGUUACCGAGGAAAAUCUCCGCAAGCGGAAGGACAUGGAGAAAAAUGGAUUUCUUCAUGCUGAUGAUGUUAAACCCAAUAAGUUACACAAAAUUUCUUCCUCUCAAUCGUUGACAGGCAAUGGAAAGACAUUGGAGAAUUGUCAAGCUCGCAUUCCACUUACUUUAGAUAGCAAGGGACCAGGAACCAGUCUUAAAGUCGAGCAUAGAGGACGCAAGUUGAAUGAUAUUGUUGAAGCUCAGCUGUCAUCUGUCUCCCCGACAAAGCAUUUAUCAUCAAGUGCACAAGCUAGUCAACUCGAUGAAGUGUCUAUCAAACUACCUCAUCCGGACUCGAAGUAUUUGAGCCAGGUACUUUCUGUGCCCAAAAUGGAAGAAUGGUCUGAUGUUGAUGACCAAUCAUGGCUAUUUCGCAGUGCUGAACCGCAAUCAAAGAAACCCAAGGAGGGAUUUUCGGAGAUUGAUGAGUCACAAGUAUGGGCAGAGGCUCUGCAGAUAGAGUCGGCAGAUAUUUAUGCUCUUCCAUACGUUAUUCCAUACUGAUUAUCUUUAUUAGUGGGCACAUGGUUAACCCUCCUACACUGCAGCUGGGUUUUGCCCUUUGGGGGCGGAUUCUUUGGUUUUCUAUUCAGCAUUCUUUUGUUGUCGAUCUCGAGUGUUGCAGUGAAUGUUUUUGAACAACUGGCUGCCAAGCUGCUCUGUUACGGCAACCAUCACUUUGCUCUAUCAGGUCAUUCGACCUCCUGGAAGUGUAGGCUGUGUAUUUGCGUCCUGGUACAAGACAACUAAUUCAUUCAAAUCACACGAAGCAAUGAAAGCAACCGAAUGACGGUGCCUAGGAAAAGGUAAUGUAUAACCUUGUGCAUUCUUAUCUGAAUUGCAUAAAGCUGAGAUGCUCUUUCUAAUUGAGAUUGUGAGAGAAACUAGCUGUGGGUCUUUGCAAUUCCACUGCAAUUUUGAUUUGUAAAAUAGAACUCUUGUAUUUACAAUAAAUGUAAGAUAGGGGGAAAGGAAAGUAGUGGCAUUCAUUUAUUCA